AUGGCAACUCAUGAGUUGAAGAAACGCACGAAACCUUGCGCCAACUGCAAGAGAAACAAAGUUAAGUGCCUGUACAAAGAAAGCCUGCCGUGUGCGCGAUGUUUGAAACAUAACUUGAAAUGUUAUUUCCCGUACGAGGUCCCUAGUGUUGGCGUCGAGGCCAUGCAACAGCAAGAAAUCCCUCUAGAAAGUGUAAGUACAUUGACUUCAAACAAGAGUGGGUGGGUAACUUCGGUAGAUCAUCGUCUCAAUACUUUUGAAAAUGCUUUAGAAUCAGUAUUAGCUUUGCUUCACACAAGCCAGAAUCAACAGCAACAGCAAAUAAAAUUACUCCAGCAGCAGAUUUCAGAAAAGCAGCAUUCAUUCCAAUAUAAUGCACAACCACAGGUUGCGCUGCCUUCUGUCAAGGAUCUCGAGAGUCAAUUGAUAAGCGAGUUUUCCGAUCAGCAAAGGGGUGGGGUUUCCGAUAUCAAGGACUUUCGAGAUUCGCCUUUCAUUUCCGUGGCGAUGGCGGAAGAGCUUUUAGAGAUAUUCUCACAGAAGCUUGCUCCCCACAUGUACGGAUAUGAUGUCAGUGAUUUAAACGGUCAUGAAUUGUGGAAUGAUUCUCCUAUUUUAUUAGCUGCUAUCUGCACAGUCGCUUGUGCUCAUCACUCUUGCUUUGCGCAAAAAACACCACUAUUCAGAGCCAGUCUCGAAUGGUUCACUUCACAGCUUCUUCUUCGUCCUGAUAAGUGUACUCACAUCGAACAUACGAUACUCGCGCUAAUAAUUGCUGCUAUGUGGCUUGAAUCCGGACAAAUGUUCACUGCGGUUGCUAUACAACUAGCGAGAAUUAAUAGAAUUGAUCAAUUUGAUCAAAUAUCUUUCAAAUCUCAAAAACUGUGGAAACUUUGGUACCUCCUUUACAUUGUUGAUGGUAAUCAAAAUUUAACUUUCCAUAAAAGCCCUUCAAUCUACCAACAGACAGAACCUAUUAUCCAAAAAUGCAGAUCGCAUACAAUCGAGCAGAUUCCUGAUCAUCUUCUGAAAAGUGUUUUAAUCGAAAACGAUAAUGCAAACGUACGCUUCGCAAGCAAUAGGCAAUUGGAGCUUUUGAAUGAAGUAGGUCACGAUAAGAUUCCUGUCACAGGGCCCUCACUCAAGGAUAUAAGGAUGCUGGCUCAAUUGGAAUACCACGUGGCAAUGGAAGCGGUCUUUCAUAACAAAUACACUAAAGUGGAUUCCAAGGAUACAUCUUCAUGCCUCGAAGCAUCCAUGGUUCUAGUGGAGCCAUCGGCUUUUGGUAUUCCAUGGGAGAAUAAUGUAGACUUAGAUCGAUGGAUGAUAUCUUGGACAAUUGCCCUUCAAAAUAUAAACAUUCAAAACGAUGCAUGGUGCCUCAAGUCUACGUUACUUUAUUACAAUUUCGCCAGAAUGCAUAUAAAUACCAAGCCUCUACUGGAGGGUAAGAAAUCGGCACUCUUUGAAGGAUCGAAUAGCAAACUGAUUGAACUUUGGCAUAUUUCUGAAGAAUCAGAAACCUCUCGACUUUCUUUAAAGGACAAAUUGAAUGCUUCCCGGGAAAUAUCAUAUUCAGCAGCAAUAUCUCUUUUAAAACUUGCGACCAACGAUCAUGAUAUUCGAAAUAUUUUUCAGUUUCUACCUAUCCAUGUUUAUGUGAUGUUAUAUUAUGCAACGUUAGUGGUCCUGAAUCCAUCGGAGAUACCUACCGAUGAUGACAAGGAGAAUACGUCACGGCAUAAAAAAGCAUGGCAAUUGGUAGCUAAAUUCAGAGAUAUGGCAUCCUCAAAUUCUUUUUCAGACAUGGAAUUUAAACACAAGCUUGUGGAUAGUCUCAAUCAAAUACUACAGAAUUUCAAGAAGGCAUACAGCGACAUAUUAUUACGGCAAAAGAACCUGCAUAAUCCCAUCGAAGAGAUAGAUCAAAUUCUCGACGGGGGUAAUCAAAAUGAAAUAGACUCUCAAAAACCAAGAUCAAUUCUGGCAUGGCCUGGCACGAAUCAUGGCCACCCUUAA